AUGCUUGCUCAGAGGUUGUCUCGCCGUGCCGCCGCCGCAGCUCCGCGUGCUGGCGUGCGGGCUCUGGCUACAACAGCCUUGAGACAGAAGCAUACACCGUCGAUGGGCGACAUCAACCCCACGGCGGGGUCGGUUGAAACCUUCAACGAGAAGCAGAGAGCAUUCAGAGAGCAGCUGGUGGAAGCGCAGAAGGAACGGGGAGCUCGAGCUACAGCCUCGGCCACGAGCGGCGAGCCUGAUCGUAAGCAGGGGCCGCUAACGAACCUCAUCUAUGGCACCAAGGAAGGCAGAGAGAUGGAGGCCCAGAUGGAGGCCAGCUUUAGCCAGGUCCUGGCUAGAGGAAAAUAUGUUCACUCCAUUGUGUUCCACGAAGUCCAGCCGGAUAAGGUGGACGAGUAUGUCAAGCUCACGGGUGAAUUCUACCCCAAGAUGGCCAAUACGCCCGAGAAUAAGGUUCAUCUGGUCGGAAGUUGGCGAACAGAAGUCGGCGACUGCGACACCUUUGUGCACAUUUGGGAGUACCAGCGGUACGAGGGUUACCACGAAUCCCGACACUCCAUCUCCCACCACCCCGACUUUGCCGAUUUCAACACGAAGCUCAGCAAGUUGAUCAAGUCCAAGAAGAUUUCCCUGAUGCAAGAGUUUUCCUUCUGGCCCACCACUCCCCCGCGCGAGUUGGGAGGUGUGUUUGAGCUUCGAUCAUAUACUCUCCACCCCGGCAACCUGCUGGAGUGGGAGACUCACUGGAGAAGAGGCCUCAAGGCCCGAAGGGAGGUCAUGGAAGGCGUUGGAGCCUGGUUCGUCCAGAUUGGAGAGCUCAACACGGUCCACCAUCUCUGGCAGUUUGCCAACCUGGAGGAGCGAAGGGCCCGCCGAGAAAAGAGCUGGUCGGUUGAGGGCUGGAGCGAUACAGUGCACAAGACGGUGCCUCUGAUCCAGUCCAUGCAAUCCAGGAUCCUCAUCCCCAUGCCCUGGUCACCUGUACGAUAA